AUGUCGUCUACGCUACUGGAGGUGACGCGUGCAUCUCACGAAGAGGUGGAGCGGCUUGAAAGGCUAAAGCAUUUCCUGGAGGUCUUGCUCGGGCCGACUAACAAGGACCGGCUCUACCAGAGCCACCGCGUUCGUAACAUGAUAGAGCAAAUCACCUCCACGACUAACAAACUCAUUGAAAUAUAUGAAGAUAAAGACGGUUCCAGGAAGGAUGAGAUUGCAGCUCUUGGAGGCCAGACAGCCACGGGAACCAAUGUUUUUAGUGCAUUUUAUGAUAGAUUAAAAGAGAUUCGUGAGUAUCAUAGACGACAUCCAGCUUCACGGGUACUUGAUGCCAAUGACGAGUAUGAACAACUUCUCAAAGAGGAACCGCAAAUUGAGUUCAGCGGGGAGGAAGCCGUUGGACGAUACCUUGAUUUGCACGAAUUAUUCAAUGACUAUAUCAACUCUAAAUUUGGGGAGAAGAUUGAGUACUCUGCUUAUCUUGAUGUGUUCUCGCAACCAGAGAAGAUCUCUCGCAAAUUGAAGCUAACGAGGCAAUACCAGGAAUAUAUGCAAAAAUUACUGGAGUAUCUGAUAUACUUUUUUGAGCGGACAGAGCCUCUGCAAGAUCUUGACAGAAUAUUUUCAAAGGUAGUCACAGAAUUUGAAGAGCAAUGGACAAAUGAAAAGGUAGAAGGAUGGGAAAAUGAGAGUCAAGAAAAUGGUAAUAUUCCAGCAGAGCAUUCUGCUAUUGAUCUUGAUUAUUAUACUACUGUUGAAGAACUGAUGGAGGUAGGACCUGAGAGGCUAAAAGAGGCAUUGGCUGCUCUAGGUUUGAAGACAGGUGGUACCCUUCAACAGCGUGCAGAGAGGCUUUUUCUUACAAAGCAUACACCUCUUGAGAAGUUGGAUAGAAAACUUUUCGCCAAAGGCUCUCGUGUUCCACAACAAAAUGGUAAUGCUGUAACUCCACAACCAAGUGCAGAUGCAAAAGAGAUUGCUCUGAUUGAAGCCAAAGUUAAAAGGUUGUGUGACUUGUUGCAAGAGAUAAUUGUCCGAACAAAAGAAAACGUUGAGAAGAAACAGGCGUUGACAUAUGAGGAAAUGGAAGCAGAACGUGAAGAGGAAGAGGUCCAAGCUGAAUCUGAGAGUGAUGAUGACGAGCAGCAGAUUUAUAAUCCCCUAAAAUUGCCCAUGGGAUGGGAUGGGAAGCCUAUCCCCUACUGGUUGUAUAAGCUUCAUGGGCUUGGGCAGGAGUUCAAAUGUGAGAUCUGUGGAAACCAUAGUUAUUGGGGUCGGAGGGCUUACGAGAGGCAUUUCAAGGAAUGGAGGCAUCAGCAUGGAAUGCGAUGUCUUGGUAUUCCAAAUACCAAGAACUUCAAUGAAAUAACAUCUAUUGAGGAAGCAAAGCACCUGUGGGAGAGAAUCCAAGAACGACAAGGGCUGAAUAAAUGGCGCCCUGAUCUUGAAGAAGAAUAUGAAGACCAAGAGGGCAACAUCUAUAAUAAAAAGACAUAUAGCGAUUUGCAACGCCAGGGUUUGAUUUGA